AUGGCUUCAUCCGGUGCAAACGAUUCGUACGACUUUUGUGAAUUUUGCCGAAUAAAUCACGACCAUGGAAGAAAACACGUGUACAGUAAACGUCAUAAAGACAGGAUACAGUCGGCUUUACGAAGAUUUUGUAAAAAAAUCAAAGAAGCCAAGUCAGAGAUUAAAAAGCCUACAGUAUCCAAUAAUACUAGUUUACUUGAAGUCAAUUUUUGGUGUUAUAUGUGUGCACAGGAAAUACAGAAACAUGGUAAAGAUUUCAGCAACAAAGAUAUUAUUUUGAACUUCAAAGGAUUUAUCGUACAUUUAUUAAGCGCUGACCAUUUGAAAAAUGUGAAGCAGUUUCUAUGGGAACACAAGCUGGAUAAAAAUGAGAAGGAUAAAUACAUAUUUACAGAAGAUCACUGGAUUAAAUACCAACAAUCAAUUAAAUCAGUUGUAACAGAAUUUAAAAAUAAUAAAAAGAAAAUAUUUCAAGAGAAAGUUAUGAAAAUGGUGAAUGUAGAAGAGAAAAGACAACAGUUACUACAACCAGAGAAAACUGAUUUCCAUGGCAACAGUGAUAUGAUUGCUUUCACAUCAGUGUGUAAUAGCAGAAGUCAGAUUACAGCAUCAUAUCCACUAUAUCAGCACAGUAGUAGUGACUAUUACUCAAUACAAGGUAAACCCAGCACCAACACUCUCCCUGCUGCUACCUCAGCGUCAGUCCUACCACACAGUGUUCCAUCAAGUCCAAAACCUGAUUCUGGUCAAAUUAUUCCUACGUCAUCUCAAAGUACUCCUGUGUUACCAUGGCUACAGACUAGUAUGACAACCAACACUGUUGGCAUAUCGGUGAAUGAGAAAACCAAGGAAUCACAGAUGUGUAGUCAUGUAAAGACAGUCAGUAUCAAGUCAUCAGGGGGACUUACAGUAAUACAAAGACAGGGUAAUAGUAAAGAUGGUAAUAUACACACUGGAGCACUGCCACCAUGGUUACAAGAUGAUGAAGAGAAAGUGCCUGUGAUUGGUCCUACAGAAGAGGACUUCUUAAAACAUUUGGAAAGAGAACGAAAGCGAAAACUAAAUCCAAAUCGAGUUGGUGCUAACUUUGAUCAUAAAAUACCCACCAAUGAUGAAUGGCUACCAUCAUUUGGUAGAGUUUGGAAUCAGGGGAGAAGAUGGCAGUCUAGGUAA